AUGUAGCGCAUGCAUCAUCCUACGGAACGCGUUGCAGUCGACAGCCUUGCUCUUCCUUCGUCCAGCUUGUAUGUCGAGGUUCGUUGCGCCUUUGCGCUCCGGCGCGCCCUUGCGAAGCCCAGAGACGACCCCGACUCCCUCCUCUGCCGAGCAAUUGUUGAAGCCGCCUCCGAUUCAUCCACUCCGGCGACGCGUACAAGCUUCACCGGAAGCCUCUGACUCAAGCUCAUCUGCCGUCGCAUCCCCGUCCGCAAGCCAGGUGACACUGGCAUCACUUAACCAAGGGGAUGUGCGAUCUUCGUCGGCUACGGCGGAGACGCUCAGAGAUUAUGCGACACAAGACGAGGCUGAACUUUCAGAGGAUGCUCUCCGGAAGAUAUACGACGACGAAGAAAUUGACCGUUUCUUGACACUAUUCUCUGCUUAUGUUAAUGAAGUCCGGUUGCCUGGUCUUGAACCACCCACCUCGCUUGCAGCAUCGACGUUCGAUGUCUCACAAGACGAUGAUUUGAGCGUGCAAAGUCCCACACUGGCCAACGAUGAUGCUCAAGGAGAAGGAGAACUGGACAAGCUGAACCCGGUGCCAAAUUCUCCGACAUCUGCGACUUCGCAACAUACUACUCAUCGAUCUCUAUGUGAGGAGAUAGCGUCGAGGAUCGCUUCCUCUUUACCUCCUACUCCUCCGUCCCCACCACCGUUCACGUUAGGCAGGUUGCGAUUGGCGACGCAACGACUUUAUCUCGCACUCGAGCCAACCUAUAUUCUCCUGAUCCGCCUGUUGCGUCUCGCCACAUGGGAAGACAGGGCAGCCAGCACUUCGUAUUGCAUCGUUUACUGGAUCCUCUGGGCGUCCGAUCUUCUGCUCCCCGGUGCCCUUCUUUGUAUACUCUAUGCUCUGGUUAGGAGGCGCAUAUUUCCCUACCCAACUCUGGCCGAGCUGCGCCUGCAUCGUUCGCAGGUUGAUCGUGCCGAGCGGUUCUCCGAUGCCAUCCAGAGCCGCCUCAGUGCAUCGAGUACGCUAGGCGUAAAGGAGGCGUGGAGAAUAUUUCGCGUGGUUUACAGGAGCAAGAAGGGCUUGGUGGACAGUGCAGUACGGGACGCGAAAUCCGCGAAGGGCAAAAGGAAGUCAACUGGGUCGGGCGAAGCUGGUGUCAGUAGCACAGUAACCGUCGAUUUGGGAAGUUCCCAAGGCCUCGGUGAUCUCGCCGCUGGAGAAGGCGCAGAAACCGUGUUGGAUUCUCCAGUAGCGAGUCAGGAAGAACAAGACCUGAAGCGCAUGGGAUUACAGCUAAUAAAUGGGAUUGCUGACGUUCAGGAGCGAGUCAAAAACAUCUUCUUGUGGAGGAGACCGGCAGCGUCUCGCCUAUAUGGACUUGCGCUUGUGUUCAUGUUUUCCAUCACGCUCUUGCUUCCGGCGAGAUAUUUGGCGAAGCUCGUAUACUUCAUCAUCGGUGUUAUGUUCUGGCACGCUACCCCGGUGAUUAUGGCCAUGUCUCCUUCAAUGCGCGAUAGACUUCCGCCCCCCUUCAGCAACGUACCGACGGACGCCGAUUAUGCCAUGGAACUGAUGGCCGAGCGCGUCGCCAAUGGGCUCGACGUCAGGCCGAGCUUGAAAACUAGACGAAGGCGCAAUGCAGCUAAACGCAAGAGUACAACCGCGAGCACAAGCUCACUGUCACUAAGUAGUCUGAGCGACAUGAGCCAAGGACAACCAGGCGAAGAUCAAGAGGGCGAUCAGGACGACGAAGAGCCUCUGAAUGACGAGUCCAGAAGACCUAAGGACUGGGUUCGGACAGCAGUCAACAUGUUUAGCACGAGCAAAGCUUGGGUAAACGAGGGCCAGCAUAUCGUGCAGGGGCUACGAUCCAGUUCGCGGAUAGAACAGCAACCAAGUCCUCCGGUCCCGCCUGUGGCGUUGGCUUAUGCGAACACCACACAGGUGGAGAAACAUCCAUUCCUCGCCCAGCAUUCAAAGGGACCGGGGCUUAUCACACUCACUGGCGGCAUGUUCUUCUUCACGCCAGUCGUUCAAAGCCACGGUAAACUGAGCAUACCCCUGGCACAAAUACGAGGGAUCAAGAAAACAGGAGCCCUGCAGGGGCUGAGCAUCCGGUGGGUAGAUGAGGAGAACCAGGAGAAACUUGACCGCUUCUUGUGGGUUCGUGGGAGAGACGAGGCGUUUGCUCGGCUUAUUGGGGGAAGCGCGAAAGGUUGGAUCAGAGUCUGAACGGCUACUUGAUACCCCUUGCGCGAACAUUCGUUUAGAUAUACCCGUUUCGUGCAACGAAUGGAGCAUCUAUAUGUUUCGCUAAUGUCCAUGAUGAGGAGCCUGCUCAAACCGGAUACCACAGUAACCGCAGGGAGUGGGACCAGGUUUGUCCAGGUUGAUGAAGAUCUUCGGGUGGCCCAAAGGCCCCGAGCCUCCGUCGCACACCGCCUUCCGGCCGUGUACAAUCCGAACCGGCUCCUCCGCAAUCAUAGCCAUAGCGCUCAGAGGUUGCGGCUGGAGUUCCAUGUUUGCCUGCUCGAACCGAGCACCCGUCGUGGCGGCGGCGCGAGUACGCUGACUGGUCGACCAAACAGCGGGUGCGUUCGGGGCUUGCGGCCUGGCGGGAACGCUUGCGGCCUGAUCUUCCGUAGUAGAGGCAACACUUCCAGAGCUGCUAGAGGAGGCUCGCACAGCCUGGAAGGCCCGAGCGUUGCGAGACAGACGGGAGACGACCCGUCGAGUGAUUGUGGACAU